CAAAAAGCAUUUAUCCAUACAACUCCAAUGGGUUAAAAUACUGUAUGUCUUUAAAAUGUUGACACCCAUUUAAUGGCAUUAUAAAACCGGGCAGAGCAGAAAAUUAUUUAAUAUAACUCAUAUGUGAAUGGCUGAAGAAAGUCAUAUAGACCUGGGAUGGCAAGAGGAAAAUUAUAGGAUAAUAAUAAAAUGUAAUUCAAGACAAAUUUAGUACCACUAAGUAAUUUAUACUUACUUAAUAAUAAAAAAGCAAAAAGAUUACAAAUGCAAAUAAUAAACAUGACAUGAUUUAUACGCACCAUCAGCCUGUGUUUUCCUCUUUUGUUCAAACAUACGGGACAUUUUGAUUGCUUUUUAUGACAGAUAUAUUUAUCAUAAAACGAUGGUUUAUGGCCCAACAACUACAUCAACCUUUGUCCUUUACUUCUCUUCUGUAGUCGCCUUUGUACACUUAAACCAGUAGACCUUGGGAUUUAUUUCAGUAACUUUAAAAGAAACUCAUUUUAUAAACAUUUCAAUAGAUGCCUAUACAAUAUGCCUAUGAGAUUAAUAUCCAUGCCAUUACUGUUCUGAAAAAUUUCUGUUUAACUACAAUCAAAUGGUGAGAAACUGAAAUGUAGGCUCCUUUUUGUAGUUAUACACUAAAGAGCUCUUUAAAAGGAAAAGAAAUAUUGGGCCUAAAAAUUGACCUAACUUUGAGUUUGGGUGUGUUUUCAAUCCUAUUGAGCAAGCUACCUAGACAAACAAACAAACAAAUAAACAAAAACCGUGGGGUGGGGAGACAGGUGAAUCUGGACCAACAUUUUAUUGGAUGCCUACAAACGCUGUCUUUGUAGGGUGCACUUUAUGAUUUUGAGACGCCUCCUUUUACAUCUGAUUGUUCAUUAACGCGCUCAGGCGAGAACACGGCGAUCAAUGUGAAAGCAGAAGGUCAUAUUUCAUUUUAACUUGGACAAACAAACCUUACAUUUUGCGGUGUAUACCUUUCUUGGGAAACAUGACAGAGGAUACUAGAAGCAACCCAGGAAAAAACUGGAAGAAACUUCACCUCUUUGGGAAUUUUGCAGACAGUCAUAUUGCAUUUAAAAUUUCGAAAUAAUCAGGCAAACCUUGUUAUUUAAACAAGAGCCUUCUUACAAAACCUCAUCAGGUGUUUUACAUCCUAGCUAACGUUACAAUUUUUUUCCUCCGCUCCGACUACUGUAAUAAACAGAGCUGUGUGCCGCAUUUUAACUUUUUUUUAACAAUGGAUUACCACAGAUGGUUGUUUGCGUUUGUUUUCUGGACAUUUCUCAAGCAAAAUAAUUUCAUGAGUCAGUCUUGCUUUAAUAGCAGUUACAUGAUGAAUGUUGUUUUGUUGGAUGACGACGUAUCGCCUUGGAGCAUCAACUUUGUGAAGCCAGCAGUUAUGAGAGCUAUUCAACAUGAUUCUGAGAUCAACCUUAAAUAUGGUGUGAGUCGCAAUUUAACAGUUAAUUUCAAAGGAUUUCAAACAACUUAUUACCUGAAAAAAGGCUGCACCAAUAGCGCCUGCGAGGGGGUUGAAGUUUUAAAUGAUCUUAAGAAUACAGGUGAGGUGGGAUGUGCUCUCCUGGGACCAACCUGCACCUAUGCUACUUUCCAAAUGGUUGAUCUUGAGAUUGGCUUGGACAUCAAUAUGCCCAUCAUCUCAGCAGGAAGCUUUGGACUUUCAUGUGAUUUUAAGAGAGAUCUGACUCGUCUUUUGCCCCCAGCAAGGAAAAUAUCUAGCUUCUUUGUUUCCUUCUGGGAGUUCAAUGAUCAUAUCAAGGCUACAUGGAAAACAGUGUAUAUAUACAAGAAACAGAAUAACACUGAGGAUUGUUUCUGGUACAUGAAUGCUCUUGAAGUGGAUUCAGCCCCCUUUUCCUCCAGUUUGGAGAAGCGAGUUGUUCUACGAAGAGAGGACGAGCUCAUUCAGGCUUUGGACAGAAAAAAUCGAGAGAGUAAUUUGUUCAUUCUUUGUGGAACGCCCGAAGACAUUAUGGAUCUGAAGAAUGACACUGUGUUGGAUUCUGAUCAUGAAAAUGCCUUUCUCCUGAUUGAUCUUUACAAUGACGUCUAUUACAAUGGUUCAUCUAAUGCUGCUAUGAGGAAUGUUCUGGUUCUAACAAUGCCCAAUACAAGAAGUUACACCAUAGACAAUUCUGACAACAACACGAUGAAUGAUUAUAUUGCAGCAUAUCAUGAUGCAGUACUGCUAUUUGGACAGGUGAUGAGAAACAUUGUCGACAGCUCAAACUUUCAGCAGACCGGGACAGUGAGCAUAAACUAUUUCAGAAAUGUGUCUUUCAAAGGUAUAGCUGGAGAUUAUGAGCUGGAUGAGUUUGGUGACAGAGAUCUGAUAUUUUCUUUGAUCUACACUAACAUUGACAAUGAGUACCAGGUUCUUUAUGAAUUUAAUACUUCCACCAACCAUACAUAUUUAAAGGAUGACAAUCCUUCCUUUAUUUGGCCUCAGCAUCGUCUACCUGAAGACCGUCCAAACAUUAAAGGCCAGCAAGUCCAGGAUAUUGUAAUAACACUGAGCGCAACUGUUGUUGGAGUGAUGGCUACACUUGCCUUCAUCUUUUACUGGCAAAACAGAUCUUAUCGUAACAUGCAGAAGAAAUGGUCUCAUAUUCCAGCAGAGCUCAUUACACCUUUAGAGAUGAAUGAGCGAAAUAUGAUCAGUUUGAAGAUUGAGGAGGAUUCUAUAAAUAACAGUUACAAAUUACGUCGUGCACGCUAUGAUAAAAAGAUUGUUAUCCUUAAUGAAUUAAAGUACACCGAUGGAAGUUUCACUGAGGAACAACGGAGAGAACUCAACGCGCUUUUAAAAAUUGAUUAUUACAACCUGACCAAAUUUUAUGGCACAGUCAAGUUUGACCAUGAAGUUUUUGGAGUGUUCGAGUAUGGAGAGCGGGCAUCUCUUAGACAUGUGCUUAAUGAUAAGAUUUCAUACCCAGAUGAGACUUUCAUGGACUGGCAGUAUAAGAUCUCAGUCAUGUAUGACAUUGCAAAGGGCAUGUCUUAUCUCCACACAAGCAACAUUGCUGUCCAUGGGCGACUUAAAUCCACCAACUGUGUGGUUGACAACCGUAUGGUAGUGAAGAUUGCAGACUUUGGCUUUAACACAAUUCUCAGUCCCAGUAAAGAUUUGUGGACAGCCCCUGAACACUUGCGAAAACAGGGGAUUUCUCAGAAAGGAGAUGUGUACAGUUUUGCCAUCAUUUCCCAGGAGAUCAUGAUGAGGAAGUGCACAUUUUACACACACACCUGCUCUGAUCGUGCUGAGAAGCUGGCCCGAGUGCAGUAUCCCAGUCUAACCUCCAUUUUCAGACCUGAUCUAAACUUUGAGAAUGCAGGCGAAAAAGAACAAGAGGUGUGCAUGCUUAUCAAAAACUGUUGGGAUGAGGACCCAGACAGAAGACCAGACUUUAAAAAGAUAGAAAUCACACUACGAAAGAUUGUCAGUGUUGACAACCAGGCAAGUGAGAGUUACAUGGAAAAUCUGAUUCGGAGGUUGCAGAUGUAUUCCCGUAACCUGGAGUGUCUGGUUGAGGAGCGUACAGCUCUGUACAAGGCUGAAAGAGACAGAGCAGACUACCUAAACUUCAUGCUUUUGCCUGGACCGGUUGUGCGCUCUUUGAAGGAAAGUGGAAUAGUGGAGCCUGAGCUCUUUGAAGAAGUCACCAUCUACUUCAGCGACAUCGUAGGCUUCACCACAUUAUGCUAUUACAGCACACCCAUGGAGGUGGUGGACAUGCUUAAUGAUAUCUACAAGAAAUUUGACAGCAUCCUUGACAAUCAUGAUGUCUAUAAGGUAGAGACGAUUGGUGAUGCAUACAUGGUGGUCUCUGGUCUGCCUCGACGGAAUGGAAACAGACAUGCAAUGGAUAUCUGCCACAUGGCUCUGGACAUCUUGGCCUUCAUGGGCACUUUUGAGUUACGCCAUCUGCCCGGACUGCCUGUGUGGAUCCGUAUUGGUGUGCAUUCAGGCCCUUGUGCUGCUGGUGUAGUGGGAAUUAAAAUGCCCAGAUAUUGCCUGUUUGGAGACACCGUGAACAUAGCAUCUCGAAUGGAGUCCACAGGUCUACCAUUAAGAAUACAUGUGAGCGAGUCAACCAUCAGCAUUCUCCAACGUACAGACUGUAAGUUUGAGUAUGAAAAGAGAGGAGAAACAUACUUAAAGGGUAAAGGAAAAGAGACAACGUACUGGUUGACAGGAGUUACAGGGCAAGAUUAUAACCUACCCAUGCCUCCAACAGCGGAAAACAUGCAACACCUACAACAAGAUCUGGCUCAAAUGAUCAAGACUUGCCUAGAGCAACGUCCCAGCAUGAGGAAAAGAAAGACCCUGUCGACGCGCCACAAGAGGCUAGCAGCCGAAACAGACAUGGAGUGCACAGACCAGCCAGAGUAUCUGAUUAUGGUCACCGGUGACAGCCUAAGCACAUAUCUGUAAGACCAUUCCUAAACAAACAUAUGGACAUUUACACAAAAUGUUUUAUAAUACUUUAGGGUAAACACUGAAAAAUGUGCAUACUUUAUAUUUGGAUAAAAAACAUAUAUACUUUAUUUAUCCUGUGUUAUCUGGUUACUAUCUAUUACUUUCUAUUGCUGUUAUUACUGUCUAUAACUUAGAAUUAGACCUUGCAUUUAAUAUUUCCCUUACUAAAGAUCUAUUAGUCCUUGACACAGAUGCCACAAGCUAUAAAUGCUAUUCCAUUAAUGCCAGUUUCCAGACAGGGUUUAGAUCAAUCCAGGACUAGGCCUUAGUUAUAUUAGGACAUUUAACUUGUUUUUACAUACAUACCUUACAACAAAAACAACUACUGGUGUGCAUCUUGGGACAAAACAAUGGCACUGAUAUAUGUUAAGAUAUUUUUAAAGGCAGCUCAAACAUGCAUUUUAAUCUGGGACUAAGAUAAACCCUGUGCAGAAAUCCGCCCCAUUAUGUUAUUGCGGUAAAAGCUUAACUUAUGGCAUCUGUGUCAAGGACUAGAUAUUUAAUAAAGGAAAUAUAAGUGAUUUAUUAAUUAAUUUAAUUAUUAUAUUAAUUCAUAUUCUCAGCUUUCAGUGACUGUUUAUGUAGUAUGUGAAUGUUUUGUGCACACAAAAUAAUAAUUUACAGAAAUGACCAUGCACAAUUAAAAAGUCUAAAACUUUAUUUGAUUUGUUUUAAUAAUAUCCAUGUACACAGCAGCGCUGUCUGAACAUCUAAUUGAACAUUUUCCACGUGAUUGUUACUUGGACCUGAAUCCAGGUUUGCCAUACAUGCACUACUUAGGGUCUGUUUUUAUAUACAUACCAAAACUAAUAUUUGUGAAUUAUGCAAGGGGUGUAUAAAUAAUUUCAUACAGUAAUUAUAAAGUACAUGACAAAAACUAAAUAAAUAAACAGCAACAUUCUUA